AUGAUCAAACUAAAUUGUGAUGGUGCUUUUUCUAGUAACAAUAUUACAGCUGGACUCGGUGAAGCUUUUCGAAAUAGUAAAGGUGAUUGGAUUGUGGGUUAUUCCAAAUCAAUCCAAGCAAUUUCUCCUACUCAUGCAGAGCUGUUGGCAUUGCUAGAAGGACUACAAAUUGCAAAAGAAAUGAACUUCCUCAAUAUGGAAAUUGAAACUGAUUGUACGAAUGUCAUCAAACUUAUUUAUGAGGAUAGUACUAACUUCUCUAAUAUUGUUUCUGAAUGCAGAUGGUUAAUGCACCAAUUAAAACUCCCACACCUGAAGCAUAAUUUCAGGGAAGAAAAUGAGAUGGCACAUUUACUGGCCAAGCAAGCUAUCAAGAACCCACCAUCAUCAAAGUAUUUUUACCAUGCCUGUCUACCUUUUUUUGUUGAUCAAGAACAAGCAUGGAGUUUGUAA